CAACUAAAGAUUCAUAAAAUAAAAUAAACCUAACCCUUUUGCCAUGGCUUCCUAUAGUUCCUUCAUUUUAGCAUUUUUCAUUGCUAUUUCCAUCUCAAACAUGGAAACUAGCCUAGCAACUCGUCAUCUUCUACAAACAACAAGUCCAACUACACCAACUUUUCCAAAACCAACAUUGCCACCUUUGCCAACAAUCCCAACAUUUCCUCAAGCAAAUGUUCCAUCUUUGCCAACAAUCCCAAAACCAACUCAACCAUCUAUUACAAUCCCAACCAUUCCAACUAUUCCACAGUUCACUCUUCCACCAUUUCCUAACAUUCCUACUACAAUACCGAUCACUAUGCCAACACUCCCCUUCUUUGCUCCACCACCUUCAAAAACCACCCCCUGAAUGAAGUUCAUACGUUUAAAGUGUUUUUAUAGAUGUAUUCACCAUAUUAUACAUUGUUCUUGUUUGUAUUCUCGUUGUGUGUAAUUUUCUUCGUCUUAAACUUUUAUUCACAGUUGUGUGUGGGAUGCUAUUCCAUUUAUCAUUACGUACUUUAGUAAUUAUUGUUAUAGGGUUACACUUCAUAAUAAAUAAAUGUUAUGUUUCAUAAUCUAUAUACAUGCAAC